UCUUAGGAAAGUUAGGCACCCAAUAAGCCGAAAAACAAAUACCAGCUUUCUUAUUAUUAUCUCACCAUUUUCCAUUGAAAUCACAAAUCAAACACCUCAAUACUCCAUUCUUUUUCUUCCCAUCCCAACAAAUAAAAAUCAAAAAUUUCUUUUCCUUCCCCAGAAAAUAAAAUUCAAUAUCUUUGCCUUGAAGCCCAGUUUCUCCAGCUAACUCUGCAGCUUUCAGUAAAAUAAACAUUCAGAAACCUUUUUUUUUUUUUUUUGCUUUAUCUUGUAGUUUUUGAGUUCAAAAGCCUUAGGGAGCUUUCAAAAUCCUCAAAUUUCAAGUCUUUUUCCCAAUUUUUUUUUUUUUUCCAUCUGGGUUUUCUGUAUCAUUUGUGGGUUUCUGUUUCCAAAAAUCUUGUGAAAUCACUGAGCUUCUUGUUUUCUGAGAGUGGUUUAGAUCAGUAAAGUAAAAAUGGGUUUCUGUUAAAAAUCUCUAAAGAAACAAACUUUGGGGUUUAAGGUAAACUAUAUCUAUGGAGGGUAGGGAAGCUGUGAAUACUAGUGGGGUUACAGUAGUGGGAUCAGAUGCUCCGUCAGACUACCACGUGGCUCCGAGGGCUGAAAACCCGGCCAAUAACGCCGGAUCAGCACCUGCGCCGCCGGUUGCUCCGCCGCCCGGGGCGGCGAUGCCGGCGGGGGCCGGGUCCGUGGCGGUGAAGAAGAAGAGAGGGAGGCCGAGGAAGUAUGGGCCAGAUGGGAGCGUGACUAUGGCGCUGUCACCGAAGCCGAUAUCGUCGGCGGCGCCGCCUCCGGUGAUUGAUUUCGCGGCGGAGAAGCAGCCGCGUGGGAAAGUGAAGCCGGCCAGCUCAGUGAGCAAGAACAAGUACGAGAUGGAGAAUUUAGGUGAAUGGGUUGCAUGCUCUGUUGGUGCUAAUUUUACUCCUCAUAUCAUCAAUGUUAAUUCUGGCGAGGAUGUCAUGAUGAAGAUUAUAUCAUUUUCUCAACAAGGUCCUCGAGCUAUAUGUGUGCUCUCCGCAAAUGGUGUUAUAUCAAGUGUUACACUUCGUCAACCUGAUUCUUCUGGCGGUACAUUGACAUACGAGGGUCGUUUCGAGAUACUGUCUUUAUCUGGUUCCUUUAUGCCAAAUGAAAGUGGAGGGACAAGAAGCAGAUCAGGUGGGAUGAGUGUUUCUUUAGCAAGUCCAGAUGGGCGUGUCGUAGGUGGUGGAGUUGCUGGACUAUUAGUUGCUGCAAGUCCUGUGCAGGUUGUAGUUGGCAGUUUUCUGGCGGGAAACCAGCAUGAGCAGAAACCCAAGAAACAGAAACAUGAAUACAUUUCUAAUGCAACACCAACUAUGGCUAUUCCUGUUUCAAGUGCUGAACCAAAGACAAACCUCUCAUCUUCGACUUCCUUCCGUGGUGAUAAUUGGUCUUCGUAUCAAUCCGAUCAUAAAAAUAAGACUGACAUUAAUGUAUCAUUGCCUGGAGGUGUAAUGUGAAGAGUCUAUGCUUAUUUGUUGCAACAUGAGGUUUCUCACUGACCACAACGGCAAUUCUUCUCCCAGUCCCCAACUGUUGGAUCUCACUUCACCUUGUUUGCUGUCUGUAAACUUGUUGACUACUAGUCGUCUAGCUUCAUCUGGGGUUGCUCCCCACUUUGAUGUAUCAUUUAAUUUAGCCGCUUAGAUAGGCUCUUGUUGCACUACUGCUGUUGUUGUGUCAUGUAGAGUAGUGUGAUGUGAUAUUAGCACCCGACCGGAAUCUGACUCUCGUAAUCUCUUUGGAUUGAUGCAAUGUGAUUUAGAAGUUUGUGACAA